CUACGCCGUCCCGUUAUCUUUGCUUUUGCUUUGGCUGUUUUCUUCUCCUCCCCAUCUGUAAAACCCUUCACCAAGUGCUCUCUCCUUGGCCCUGUCUGAUUUUCUCGAAGUGGGUUCUUCAGUCCAGAAGGUUUUAUGAUAGCAUGAAGUGUAGCGGUUGAGCAAUUUAUCUAGAAAUGGUGGAUUGGUGGUGGUCUAUAGUUGCAGCUGCAAUACCAGCUGUGGUUGCAGGGCAGGCUUUCAGGAUGAAGAACAGGCGAGCGGAAGAGCAGAGGUUAAAGAGUGCUCGGGGUCGCGAAAAGAGCUCAGAUGAAAUAUUUGUUUGUGAGAGGGUGUGUACUUCGAAGAGGAUGCUGAAGAAGGUUGGCGCAUUUUCUAAAGACCCAACUCCUGAUACUUGCGUGACUGUUUGCGGUGUUUCUGAGCUAGAUGCUUGCGCUGAUGCUUGUGCCCGGACUGUCUGUGUUAAUCAACAUCAAGUGCCUAAUUGGAAUGACAUUUGUCUUAAGAGGUGUCAAAGUGAGUGCCUUAGGCUCUCAAAUUCUUCUGCUAUGUCUUCAUAGCAUUGCUAUUGUUUUUAACAUGGCCCUCAGGAUUCUAUUGCACCUGACGCUCUGUUUGAGACGCGUAUCCCUUUUCAAAUUCAAGAUUUAUGCUUCUCAUAUUGAUGGUGCUUUCUUA